GUGCGGCGGCGCUGACAUCCAGCAGGCAGACGCGGUGCCUCGCCGCGAAGCCGAAGAGGCGGCCAUCACCGCUCGCAUCGCUGCAGCGGCUGCUGUACCAGUUGGGCGAUGCGGGCAGCACCCGCACCCCUCCCGGUGCCGCCGCCAUCGGCCCCGCUCCCUCCGCGCCCACACCGGUAGCCGCGGGCGCUGCCGCCAAGCGCCGACACCGACGUCGCAAAACGUCGCAAACGAUACAGGUCACUACGCGUGAGCAGAGAGCGGUUGCCGCCAAGCGAGGAAGAUGGCGGCGCGCUGGGCGCUGAGCUCGGGUAGUGCCUCGGUCUGCGGUCUCCUUGGCUGGCUGCGUCCGGAGAGGUGGCUGGCAGCUGGUAGCCUCAUUCCUGUGUCAGGCAUCCACACCAGCACAUCCCUGCAGCAACUGGGGAAGUGGGAGAAAAAGAACAGGGUUGUUUAUCCCCCACAGCUGCCUGGAGAACCUCGCAGACCAGCUGAAAUUUAUCACUGCCGGAGGGAAAUAAAAUACAGCAACAACAAGAUGUGGUAUCUGGCAAAGCUGAUACAAGGAAUGUCCAUUGAUCAGGCUCUUGCUCAGUUGGAAUUUAGUGAUAAAAAGGGAGCAAAGGUGAUUAAAGAGGUUUUAUUAGAAGCUCAGGAAAUGGCAGUAAGAAAUCACAAUGUGGAAUUCAAAUCAAAUUUACAUAUAGCUAUAUCCAUGGCAGGCAGAGGCAAGUACGUGAAGAGGAUUCGUUACCAUGGCAAGGGCAUGUUUGGCAUCAUGAAUAUCAACAGGUGCCAUUACUUUGUGAAGUUGGUGGAAGGGCCUCCUCCUCCUCCAGAGCCCCCAACGACUGGGUUUGAUCAGGCAAAGGAAUAUGUGCAGCAACUGCGCAGCAGAACCCUUAUUAACACACUGUGAAAAACUUCUGUGAAUAUAUAGGUAUUCCUUGUUUGUCAAUGUAACUGUGUAAAAAGAAUAAAGCCAUGUUUUACUUACA